AUGGAGGUGAACCAGUCAUCUCAGCGUAACGAUCUACCUAUUAAUAAGUCAAAUUCAGUAUUAGCUUCAAGUUUUCAAUCAGAUAAUGGUCAAAGGUCAGAAGAGUCGUCUUUAGCAGUGUUACAUGGGAGCUUUGCACCCAGUAAUAUAAAUAGACGAUUUUCUAUAAGUUCCACUCCUCUAUCAUAUUAUAAAAAUAUACCAGCUCUUAAUGAUGAUAGUAUGAUCAAACUAAAUAAGAUUGUCACUUCCCUGCCAGAUGUAGAUUGUUCAGUUUAUGGAUUUUGCAAGAAUCAAAAAUAUGUUAAUAAAGUCAAUCCUAAUAACAAUAAUAGUAGUGAAUAUCCUAAUAAAAAUACUAUAAAAACCACAUCUCUAAGUGAUAUACGAAAGAAAAUAUCAAGUAAAUGGCCAUCUCAAUUGAAUAGGAGAUUGACACAAGAAUCUAUUAUAUCUAAUUUCCCCUUUAAAGCAUCUGCACAUAGAUCACAGAUUUUUCCUGUUGUAGAUACAGACACUUUGAUAUCCAACACUGCAGACGAACCAGUUUAUGGAUCGUCAAUAUCAACAGCCCCAACAGUUCAUACUGUAUCAAAGUCUAAAUCUAAAUCUAAAUCAGAGUUGUUAGCUAGUGCCUCGGCAAGAAAAGUAAUCCAGAAGACUAGAAGUCAAAACAAAAAUGAUCGUGGUUCAAUCUACUCUAUGUCUGAUCCUAUUGGCCGUAGAAUUAAUGAAAAUGAUAUGAAUUUUAAUAUUGUUCGUAGUAUGUUGACUGGGAUUAGAGUGUCAUGUGAAUCAAUAACAUCUAAUUCUUCAAAAUACUCCACCAAUUCUAUCGAUAAAUAUUUUUUUGAUACAAAUGGUAAUUUUUUGGGGGAGAAUAUAAAAUCUUUUGAAUCAUUUGGAUUUGAAUUUAAAGAUUAUUUUGGCUCCAUUUUUUUAAAGAUAAGAAAUACUUUUAAUGUAGGUACUAAAGAAUAUUUGGAAUCAUUGACUUCGAAAUAUGUAUUAAAUGAAUUAAAUUCACCAGGUAAAAGUGGAUCAUUCUUCUAUUUUUCCAAAGAUUAUAAAUAUAUUAUUAAAACUAUCCAUCGCAAUGAACAUAUUCAUUUAAGAAAAUAUUUAAGUACAUAUUAUAAAUACAUUAAGGAUAAUCCUAAUACAAUGAUUUGCCAAUACUAUGGAUUACAUAGAGUAAAAUUACCAAGGUCUUUUAAAAAUAGAAUACAAAAUCGUAAAAUUUACUUGGUGGUAAUGUAUAAUGUUUUUCCCCCAUGGAUUAAAAUGGAUUUAACAUAUGAUUUAAAAGGGUCCAAAUUUGGUAGAUACACGGAUGUGUGUAAUCAAAAUAGUGAAAAUGAUAUUAGGAAAGAUUUGAAUUGGAUCCAUGAGGGUAAAAAGUUGACAUUUAACGACAGCGAAGUAAAAACAAAUUUUCUAAAUCAGCUAUGGAAGGAUGUCAAUUUAUUGGCUAGUAUGAAUACUAUGGACUAUUCGUUGUUAGUUGGAAUCCAUUUUAAGAAUAACUCUCAUACAUUAAAGACAACUGAUAUGCCAUCAUUAUUAUCCAUUGAUAUAAAGCAUGUAAACAAUUCAAUAUCUAACAAUGAUUUAAUCUAUUUUGUUGGUAUUAUUGAUUGUUUAACAGACUAUUCUAUUAUUAAAAAAUUAGAGACCAUAGUACGUUCCAUUAACCAUAAACCUAGCAAUAUUAGCGCUACUCCACCUUACUAUUAUGCAUUGAGAUUAUAUAAAUUUAUUGCAUUUUCUAUAGAAGUAAAACACGUUGAUAAUAAUAAUAGUACAUAG